AAAGAGGGUCAUAUUCUCACUCAGUGAGACUUUCCUUCUCUCACACCUGGUCCCCUCCUGUUCUCCAGCAUGGCAUGUCUGUGGCUCCCUGGAGGCUCCUGGAUGGCAGCUCUGACAGUGACACUGAUGGUGUUGAGCCCUCGCCUGACUUUAGCCAGGGACACCAGACCGCGUUUCAUGGAGCAGCUUAAACAUGAGUGUCAUUUCUCCAACGGGACGCAGCGGGUGCGGUUCCUGUUCAGAGACAUCUAUAACAGGGAGGAGGUCGUGCGCUUCGACAGCGACGUGGGCGAGUUCCGGGCGGUGACGGAGCUGGGGCGGCGGGACGCCGAGUACUGGAACCGCCAGACCGACAUCCUGGAGCAGAAGCGAGGCCGGGUGGACAACUUCUGCAGACACAACUACGGGGUUGGCGAGAGCUUCACGGUGCAGCGGCGAGGUGAGUGGGCCAAGGGCGGCGGUGUCU